CUGAAGGGAAGGACAACAGGAAGUGAAGGUAGCUAACGUAAUGUCUCCGGGUUUGGAUCCAUGAGAAACCGCUGAGACACACAUUGAAAUAUGUGUCGGCUGCAUCAAGACUUUCCUGACUCGUAGCUUCAAUGAUUUCUGCAUUUGAAUGAAAUUGCCGGGACAUAAACUAGCAGCUCUUUGGAUUAUAGAAUCAGACCUGCUACUUUGCUAGCUAUCGUUGGCUACAGGAGUGCUAGUCAAAACAACACAGACUUGUACUUAAGAACUAGACUGACUUUAAUGUAAGCCGGAGGACAUACCCUCUAACAUGGCCAGCGCGGCUCAGUAUGUGGGGGGAGUGGGCCAGGAGGAGCCCCUGGACGUGGGGAGGCCCCAGGGCCAGGCCCUGGAGCCCAGGGGCAGCUUCGGACACAGGGCCGAGGCCAGCGCCCGCAACGGACAGCCCGACGAGGUGGACAAGCUCAAAGCCAAGCUGAUGUCGGCCUUCAACAACGUCAAGUAUGGCUGGCUGGUAAAGUCUAAAACCACGUUCAACAAGUCCUCCGAAGUGACCGUCCUGGGACACACGUAUUUGCUAAACAGUGAAGAUGAGGUGGAGCGUUUCCGGCUGGCCUUCGUGUCCCGCCUGUGGCUGACCUACCGCAGGGAGUUCCCCCUGCUGGACGGCUCCAACUGGACCACCGACUGUGGCUGGGGCUGCAUGCUGCGCAGCGGGCAGAUGCUGCUGGCCCAGGGGCUGCUGGUUCACCUGCUACCCACGGGCUGGGCGUGGCCCGACAGCCAGCAGCUGACCGACGUGGACUUCGAGGUGCUGAGGCCGCGCUCGCCGUCCCGCCCGGGGGGGGUCCCCAUCCCCUCCUGGGGCUCCCGUCCCGGCACCCCCCAGAAGAGCCCGCCGGGGGACCCUGCGUCCAAGCCCGUCCAGAAGGAGAGGCCCGAGUCCGGGAGGGACCGGCAGGCCGAGCUCCUGCACCGGCUGGUGGUGACCUGGUUUGGGGACCAGCCCCUGGCGCCCUUCGGGGUGCACCGACUGGUGGAGCUGGGGAGGAGCUGUGGGAAGAAGGCCGGGGACUGGUACGGCCCCUCAGUGGUGGCACACAUCCUGAGGAAAGCGGUGGCCAGAACUGCAGAGGUGCCCAACCUGACUGUGUACGUUGCACAGGACUGCACAGUGUACAAAGAAGAUGUAGCGUGUUUGUGUGACCCGGUGUCCCAAUCUGACCACGUCACCAGUCCAGGCUGGAAGUCUGUCAUCAUACUGGUCCCAGUACGGCUGGGCGGGGAGUCUCUAAACCCCUCUUACAUCGAGUGUGUGAAGAAACUUCUCAAAUUGGACUGCUGCAUCGGGAUCAUUGGAGGCAAACCCAAACAUUCCCUCUUUUUCAUUGGCUACCAAGAUGAGCAGCUGCUUUAUCUGGACCCUCACUACUGCCAGUCAGUGGUCGACGUGAGGCAAGACCACUUUUCACUUGAGUCCUUCCACUGCAGCUCUCCCAGGAAGAUGCCCUUCAGCAAGAUGGACCCCAGCUGCACCAUAGGCUUCUACGCCAGGAACAAGAACGACUUUGACUCUCUGUGUUCUGCUGUCAGUGAGGCCCUGUCGUCCUCCAAGGAGAAGUACCCCAUCUUCACCUUCGUGGAGGGCCGGGGGCAGGACUACGGCCUGGAGGAGCACAGCACGUCGCACCCCGACCCCCCCACUCACAUCCUGCCCCCGGGGAAGCUGACCCGGAACCACACCCGGGGCAGCGCCGACGAAUUUGUCUUCCUGUGAGACGCACCUCAAGUCGUUUUCGGGGAACGGGGGGGUUGGGUGCAGUCCCAUGUCCCUACCACCAGAGGGCGGAAGAGGGCGCUCUCUCUCUCUCUCUCCAGGGGGAUGGAUUCUGAAUGGGGGGGUUUCUCUGUGCGCAGCUCACAACGGACACGGCGGCGUCCGCCCAGCGCGCUGUCGUCGCUCACCGCGGCAUUCACGUCGGCAUUAAACCAGACCGUCCAGGCCCCUCCGCAACACAAGGCUUGACCUCUCAUCUCCCCGUUUGUGCCGGAAAAAACCCAGACCUCCUAGAUUGUAGAAGCCGGGUAUCGUUUGGUACUUCUUUGCAUCCGACGCAACUGGAAAUGCACUGGGCCAGGACGGGGGGGGGGGGGGGGGGGGAUGUGUGUGUCUAGAGUACGCCGUAGACGCUUGAUGUAGCUCCUGCUGUGAAGGGUUGCCUCUGGGAAGGCUCUGUGCUGUUUGGAUCUGCUGUACUCUGCUGAGUCCUGUGCUUGACAUGGGUUUUUUGGCAUUUCUUUUGGGAGGGGGGUAAGGGGGAUUCAUUUAUAGAUUUUAUAUGGGUGUGGGUGUGUGCACGGGCAUCCGUGUGACGUCAUGUGCCUGCGCUUGUGCUGGGUUCAUGUGGCGCGUCACGCCACGAGUCCCAAACUUGCGGAGUUUCCCCAACAUCCACGCCACCCUGCCAUGUUAGGAUGGUCGUAUGACGGUACGGUAGAUGCUCUACACAUGCAUACUAUAUACCAUGCUAGCAAGGGUGCCGCGACUCAGCAAGUCUCCCUUUCCCAACAUCCUACAUGGCGUCUUAAUGCGCUUGUUUAGAAUGACUGCAACCCUGUCUGCAUUCCUACGUCCUUUGCACCACAACACGUCAUGAGUUGCCAGGUUUACCUUACCCUACCCUUUUAACGUUUAUCUUCCAAGCUUAGCCAUGGCUCCUGUUUCGACUUGCAACACUACUUUGCAACUUCUGUUAAACACUCCCCUUUUUGUGUAAUCAUUUACUCCCAAGGAAUGGGGAAAUUAUCUAUUUGGAGUGCUGACUUUGAAUCCUUUUUAAGAGUAAUACCUUUUUGUACUUCCUUGAAGUACUCGUGUGACUUGAUUGGUUGCAGCUGUGCAGAGUGAGUUAUUGUCGUGUCGAAAUAGAGAUGAGCUUGAAGGAAGGAUUAAUUUUGGGUAUUUUCAAACCAGGGCAUUGUGUGUUUGUAUUGUUGACUUAGACCAUUUUCCCAUGUUUUUUAAAAUUAAGGUUAUUAAGGCGGUUGUCAUCGCCAGUUGCACUACCAUUGAGAAAACUACCUUCAUAGAGCUAAGAAGCUAUUGACAGUCGCAUCUGGCUUGUUUCUGUAAGUCUUUAAACUGAGAUCUGACCCAGCAGAAAAGCUCUGCUGUGUCAAUGUUUCUUCAUUUCAACUCUUCUCCCCUUACCUCCAGGCCACAUACUGUAUGUAUGUAUAUACAUAUAUACGUAUAUAUGUAUAUAUACAAAAGCCUGUAAAACAAAGACCACAUCUCCACCAGUCUUCUCUCUGGCCCCCUGCAAGUCCUCCCUCGAUACCUGAAGCAGAACUACUGAACCACUGAAUGUACCUCCUCCCCCAGACGCUGCAGUGUUCUCGCUGAGGGUGCUGCAUGGGUCGCUCACGACAGGAAACCUGGCUCACCCCUUCAUCUUAUGACGCUGUUCUUUAUCCCCUCCUGUUGUCUUCAUGAGGAGUGAACAGCUGGAGAACUGGUGGGGGGGAUCGAGAACAGGGUCGGUUCCCUCCUAGUUGAGGAUUGUCUCCCUUCUGCGCUUGUUUUGAGGAGUCAUUGAUCUCACACGUGUGACCGGAUCGGUCACAGCCGGGUUGGAGAGGACAGGAUGUGACCCACCUUUCUUAGAUCGACGAAUCGUUACUCUUAAGGAUGGGUGGAAGCAAGGGAUGUGUUUUCAACGGGACCCUAUGAACUCCAUUUGACAAAACAAAAGUUUGUGAGAUAGUUUCCCACUUCUAUUUGUAAAAUGGCAUCAUGCUAUACACUGGAGUGUCAUGUGUGUCUGGGAGGAAAGUUCUGGAAAAGAGCCAAGUGAACAACAAUCAACAUUCAUCACUCCUCCAUGCGUGAUUACCACAAAAACAUAUAUUUAACUUUAAUUUUAAGUGAAGAGUUCUCAUCUCCAGUGUGACAUGUCUGAAGUUUGUCUUACUGCCCCCACAAUAUUCAUGUACAGAAUUUGCAUAAACGGCUGUAAGAAAGGUUAAUAAAGUUUGAUCUGGUUUC